GUUUAUCAGCCGAGGUUCAGGCCGAAACUCGCGCAGUCGAUUUCUUGUUAGCGGACAGUGAAGGUUACCUGCUUCAACAGUGCUUGAACGGCAACCUUUCAACUGUAUUCAAAGACCUGCAAAUCGCUUUGAUAACUCAGACCACCAUCGAUAACAAUCUGAUCAAAUUUGAAUUACCUUAAAACCUCAGCUAGCUAAGUUUAUCCUGAACACGUUCAUCUUGCUAGCUAGCUAGCUAACGUUAACUGUUUGUUUUGCUAGCCACUCGUACAGCUUUUCGACCUCACCACAAGAAGACCUGCCGCUAAGAUUUGAACCAUGAGUUCCCAAGUGAGACAGAACUUCCACCAGGACUGCGAGGCUGCAAUCAACAUGCAGAUCAACCUGGAGCUGUAUGCUUCGUACGUCUAUCUGUCUAUGGCAUACUACUUUGACCGGGAUGACCAGGCAUUGCACAACUUUGCCAAGUUUUUCCGCAAUCAGUCACACGAGGAGCGUGAACAUGCUGAGAAGCUGAUGAAACUGCAGAACCAGAGGGGGGGAAGGAUCUUCUUAAAAGAUGUCAAGAAGCCAGAGAGGGAUGAGUGGGCCAGUGGAGUUGAGGCUCUUGAAUGUGCCCUGCAGCUUGAGAAGAGUGUGAACCAGUCACUGCUGGACCUGCACAAGCUCUGCUCUGAUCACAAUGACCCACAUAUGUGUGAUUUCAUCGAGACACACUACCUGGAUGAGCAGGUGAAGUCCAUCAAAGAACUGGCAGACUGGGUGACCAACCUGCGCCGCAUGGGAGCUCCUCAGAACGGCAUGGCAGAGUACCUGUUUGACAAACACACCCUGGGCAAAGAAAGCAGCUAAAUCCCUCCGGAUCACCUUUUGCAAUAGCUUUCCAUAUAUGUAUAUUGGUAUCUUGCUUUCACGUGUUUUCCACAUAAGCCAUCUGCACCUGCUAGUCAUUUAAACAUCAUAUCAUGUUGCUAUUGCUGAUCCCUCCACUUUACAGUUACUUCACCGAUCCCCAGUUCCCAGAGCUGUACGCUUUUACCUUCAAAGCCCACUUUUCUAUAUUCCACUUCUCUUUUUGCUGUCAGCUAUGCCUAAGUCAUUACUAUGUAUUUGCUGUGUUUUAUGCCAGCAGCUGUUAAUCAAACUAAAUAAAACGAACCCUCUGGAUUCUGA